UCUUUUUUCUUUUUCUUUUCCUUCUUUUUGUUUUGUUUUGUUUUGUUUUGUUUUGUUUUGUUUUGUUUUGUUUGUUUUUCGAGACAGGGUUUCUCUGUAUAGCCCUGGCUGUCCUGGAACUCACUUUGUUGACCAGGUUGGCCUCGAAUUCAGAAAUCCACCUGCCUCUGCCUCCCGAGUGCUGGGAUUAAAGGCAUGUGCCACCACGCCCGGCCCCCUCUCUCAUUUCUUAACUUUCAAAUUUUAUAACAUUAAAAUCUUUUUGUUUUUUAAUUGCAAGUAUGCUCUUUCCCACCUACGAUGCCCUUAAGUUCAGUUAUAUAUAUUUGUGUAUCACUUUAUCUUGAAGCUGCAGACAUCCUGCUCUAUGGCAGGCACUCCCUUCACCUCUACAUUAUUUGUCGGCUCUAUACUUCAUGUGGAUACACUAUAUAUAUUUCAAAGGAGGAGAGAAGUGCUGGGCUUACUUUCUGGAGCUAGAAGCUGUGGCUGUGAAAGGGAACUCGAAUUCUAAAAUCCAAGAGCUAGAUCACCACCACCUUUUCUGGUUUGGUCCCCUACAUUCUUGGAAGUGUUGUGGGGAGUGGAGGGGAUGGGGGGUGGGGGAUGUAGGCCUGCCUCUCUGCCCCUUGCCUUUGUCCAUUGGACCUGUUGUCUUCCUGGUGCUCUUUUCAAAGGGUGGGGUACGGCCUUUCCUGUGGCGAAGUCUAAGCACUAACAUCAAUAUAAAUCCUGUCCAAACACCAUUGGACAAUUGGCUUCCAUUUCCAGGAAUUCCCAAUCCUGUGUCCUGCAGGUGACUGUGCUGACUCUUGUCAUAUGAUUUUGGGAACCUUCCCUAUGUUCUCCUUGCCUGACUGGGUUCCGUUCAACCUGAGUGCUGCUGUGACUUUUCCCGUGGCCAUGGGGGCCACUACGCCAAGGUCACAGGAGAAGCAGUUGUAGAACAAAUGAGCCAAGAGCGCCUUGGGGAUCCUGGGGUGUGUGGAGUGAAGAUGGAGAGGUGGGGUGGAGAAGUCAGAAAGGACUCAGGAGAAGGGGAUCUCAAAGAGGGAGGAGGCGGAGCUCCUGGGGUGGUUGACCCUAAGGGCUGCGAGAGAGGAGGAAGUGGGCUGAGGACACUAAUCCUUCAUUUACAGAAGGGAGCGAGGACCCUGGUGGAGAAGGGGAGGUCGCCGCGGCUGUGGAGACCCCGGGCUGAGAGGAGGGGCUGGGGACCGGUAGGGGUGGGGUUGGUGGGAGGAUACCGCGCGGUAGGGACCCUCAGCUAAGGUGCUGAUGAUCGGGAGUGGGGAGGACACGGCGGCGUGGUGGCGACCCCGGGCUGAGGGGAGGAGCUGGGUACGGGGGAGGGAUUGGAGAACAAGCGUGGUGAAGACACAUCUUUGAGGGGAGGGGCUAGGGACCCAGGUGGGGACAAGGCAGGCACCGCCGACUGAGGACCCCCGGCUGACGCGCAGCGGAGGAGGGGAGGGGGCGGGACCGCGGCGGGGCGGGGCGGCGCGGAGCCGCGGCUGACGCGGAGGGCCGGGCCGGGGGCGCAGGGAAGGGGCGGCAGCGAGCUCGCCAGGCGGCCAGGAACCCGGGUGGGGCCGGGACCGAGGCGGUGGCUGGCCAGCGGAGCUCAGGCCGGGCGCGGCGCGCCGGGUGAAGGCGGCAAGGCGGCAAGGCCCCGGCCGAGGCCGGCGGAGCCGCGCAGCUGCGGCCGGCUGACGUGAGCGGCGUGCGGGUCCCGGCCGGCAGCGCGCUGGCGGCCAUGGCGGUGGCGCUGGCGGGCCGCGGGGCGCGCGGCGGCAGGGGCCGGCCCCCGGGCGGGCGGGCGGAGGGGGCGGGGCCGGGGCGCCGGGCGGCCCGCGCGACAGCGGCGGCGAAGACGACGGAGACGGGGGGCGCUGGGGCUGAUGACAGCGGCCGGGCCCGGGGCGGCGCCGUCCCCGCGGCGGUGCGACAGCGACCCGGCCUCCCCCGGAGCGCAGUCCCCAAAGGUGAGCGGAGCGCGCUGCCCAACGGGCAGCGGCCCAGGCCGGGCUCGGGAGAGAAGAGGAGACGGGGCGGCGGGUCCUGGAGCAACGAGUGCGGCGGACAGUGGGCGCGGACGUCGGGGAGACCUGCGCGGCGGGGUGGGAAGUUGUCCGGGAAUAGCUGGGACCGGGGGACUCGGGAAGAGUGCUUGAGACGAAGCGCCCCCAGCCUGGGAAAGUCGGAAAAGUUGGCGGCCUUGGGGAUCUCAGUCGGGGAGACGCUGAGCGGGACGUGCGCUCGGGGUCCCGAGUUGGCAGAACGUGGAUUCACACCCACGUUCCUGGCCGCAGGCAGCUGCAGGGCCGGACUGAGAACUUCUGGCUUCGGCGGCAGCAGCAUGCACUGGCCAAGGCUGGCUUCAAACCCUGUAUCUACCUCCCGAGUGUUGGGAUUACAGAUGUGUACCACCAUGCUGGGUAUAUUCAGUGCUGGAGAUUGAGCCCGCAGCUUCAUGACUGCCAGGCAAGCACUGCCUUCACUAAAUGCAGCCCCAGAGCUAUAGCUGAAACCUUGCAUGAGCUUCUUCUUCUUGCCUAUUACCAUCAACAUCUUCCUGUAAGCAUGCUACUCAUAGUUAAUCUUUCUGGGUUUUAAAGGCACUUAUUUUACACGCAUUGGGUAUUUUUGCAUGCGUGUAUGUAUGUAUGUGUACCAUGUGCAUGCUUACACCCGGCUGUGGGCCAACAUAUGGGUGCUCGGAACCAAAUCCAGGUCCUGCAGGAAAAGCACGUGCUGCUGACCUCUGAGCCACCUCUCCAGCCCUAAUCAUUGCAUCUUCAUUUGUAUCUUGAAAGAAAAUACAUUUUUUCAAGUUUUUUUUCCCAAGUUUGGCUACUUACUUCAUCAAACGUGGUAUACAGAAUUGUUGACUGCAGAAAAGGGAAGAUAAAAAAGAGAAACAAUUAAAAAGAACAGCAGUAUUCUGCAAAAUCAGAAACAAUUCUGGCUUCAGAAAAUGUUGAUGCUUUUGCAACACCAUGAAGUUGAAAGGGCAGUUUGGAAACAGAACCAUCUUAUGUAAUCACAAUUCAAAUAAAUAUAUGCUGUAACAGCAAAUAAAGCA